AUGAACUGUGGCGACGCAAACGCUUCCGACGUUCAUGAAGAUGCAGAUUCCGCCUUUCGCCGGCAAAGGUCCAAGCUGCGACCGGCACCUCUGGCAACAGAUUUUCCCAAGGCAGAAUUUGACAUAUCUACGCCCCGAAACACGGGCGCCAAGUCUGAGGCAUCAAAGCACUUCAUUGGCACGCCCACGGCCACUGGCAUACUCAACGCUUUCCUGGACUGCGAUCUCGAUGCAGGAGACGAUUUUGGACCUCCUCUAGAACCAGACUACGAUGCCAUCAAUGAGUGCUUGCAAGGUGCUCCGGCUAUAUCUUUGCCGGCGCCGUGA